AUGGACUUAUCCCCAGGAUGUAAUUUAGCUCAUGCCAAGAAAAAUCAAGUUUGCAAGCUCAGAAAGUCAUUAUAUGGGUUAAAGCAAUCUCCUAGGGCAUGGUUUGACAAAUUUACUAAAUCUAUGAAGAUUUUUGGAUAUACACAGACUAAUUCAGAUCACACCCUGUUCUUGAAGCGUGAUGAAGGAAAACUUACUGCAUUGAUUGUUUAUGUAGAUGACAUAAUCGUAAUUGGAAACGACGCAAAAGAGCAACUGAAGUUGCAAAAGUAUUUGUGUCGGGAAUUUGAGAUGAAGGAUUUAGGUGAUUUGAAGUACUUUCUUGGAAUCGAAGUAGCAAGGUCAAAAACUGGUAUAUUUAUGUCUCAAAGGAAGUAUGUAAUGGAUCUACUCACUAAAACAGGAAUGUGUGAAUGUAAGCCUGCUGACACACCCAUUGAGAUGAAUCACAAGUUGUAUGAAGACAUGGACCAAGAACCAACGAAUAAGGAACAGGACCAACACCUUGUUGGAAGAUACUUAAAGUCAGCCCAUGAGAAAGGAUUAAUGUUCUCAAAAAAUGGAGAUCUUGAAGUUGUUAGAUAUACAGAUGUUGAUUGGGCUGGUUUCAUUACAGAUGGACGCUCUACUUCUGGCUACUUUACGUUCGUGGGAGGCACAUCGUAUUUUCACGAAGAAAUUGGUCAUGGUAACUGGUUGUUGGAUGGCGCUGGCUUCUCCCCUACGCAAGAGGAAGAGGAGACUUCAUCAACCAAUGCUGCACCAGCAGUAAUAGUUGAGAAACCGAGGGAUGAAGUGGCGAUUCUAAUCGAGGGUAAAGUGCGAGACACGCCGUCGUUUUGGCCAGAUUGUUGUAUUUACAAAGUCCCCCAUAGAUUUCGCAGAGGAAAUGAAGGGUUCUAUGAACCCCGGGUGGUCUCAAUCGGACCUUACCACUCUCACCAAGGAAGUUUCCCACAAAUGCAAAUCUUUAAACUCAAAUACGUAGAGGCCUUCUUGAGCCGAAACGAGCUCAGCUUAGACCAAUGCCUCGGCCUUGUGAGAACGUGGGAAGCAAAAGCCAGGCGUUUUUAUGUAGACUGCAUUGACCUAAGCAGUGAUGAAUUUGCCGAGCUGAUACUGGUGGAUGCAAUUUUUGUCUUGGAGCUUAUGAUCAGGCACCAGUUUUUUGAAUAUGUAGACGAUUGCGAUCGGAUUUAUAGGAAGCCGCGGAUGAUUGAAGAUGUUUUCCAUGAUGUCUUGUUGAUUGAGAACCAAAUUCCCUUUUUUGUUCUUGAGGGUUUGUAUGACCUAGUUGAUAAUAGCUCCAAAAGAACUCUCAAAUUCUUCGUCGAGCUUACGCAUGAGUUCUUCAAGGCUUCUGUCAAAAUCGACAAGUUUGGUGCUGAUCGUGCACCUGUGCCUGGAGUUAACCACGGAGUGAAGCAUUUUGUUGAUUUUAUUCGGUGCUACUACUUGCCUACGGAGGACGAAAAGCAUGAAUAUGGCAAUAGGGUUUAUGAAAUCUCACCAAGCGUGACAGCGCUAGAGGAUGCUGGAGUUAAGUUUGCCACAACAAGCACGAGGUCCUUACUUGACAUACAAUUCAACAGAGGAUGUCUCAAAAUUCCAAAUUUUAGGGUAGACGAUUGGACGGAAACUGUCUUCAAGAACCUGAUUGCCUUCGAACAGUGCCACGAUCACCAAGUGAAGCACAUUUCAGAAUUGAUGUUCCUCAUGGGGUGCAUGAUCAAGACUUCAAAGGACGUCGACUUGCUCAUUGAACAUGAAAUUAUAUCUAGCAUGCUGGGGAGCAACGUUGAUGUGUCCACUCUGUUUAACCAUAUUGGCCAAGGGGUUGGUUUCUGUCAGCCAAACUAUUACUUUAGUCUUUGCAAAAAACUCAAUGCCUACUGCAAGUCCCCUUGGCACAGAUGGAAAGCUAUUCUGAAGCGCGACUAUUUCAACACUCCAUGGAAAGUUGUUUCUACAAUUGCUGCAAUUGUACUCCUCGUGCUCACACUCGUACAAACGAUAUGCUCUGUCUUAUCCCUAUAGCUUUACAUUAUUUAUAUGCUUUUUCAAAGUGUUAAAACUGAGGAAGUAAAGCGG